AUGUCUGCAUUUUCUUGCCAAUCAUCUUUCUUGUUCCAACGUUCGAGCCAAACAAAAGACAAGCACGAACUUCACUGUACCGGAGUCGGAGCGACGAAAAGUUUGAAGAUGGGGAUUUUAAGCCAAGAUCACGACAAAGCGUUUUCUUUAGCAAACCCCAUUGUCGAUAAUGCACGUCCACUCGACAAACAAAUUCGACAAAAUAUCCCAAAGAAGAGGCAGUUAAGCGAUCCUUACCGACUCGGAAUGUUUGUCGAUGGGGGAGUUGAAUACAGACAAACUAUUGUAGUGAGGUCUAAUGAAGUUGGCCCUGAUCAAACCAUGACAUUAGAAAGCCUUCUUAAUUUAUUUCAGGAAACAGCAUUGAAUCAUGCGUGGAAUUCAGGGCAAAUGAAGGAAUAUGGUACAAAUCAUGGAAUGGUGAAACAUGGUCUCAUUUGGGUUAUUUCAAGAAUGAUAGUUCAAAUUGAUCAUUACCCAAUAUGGGGUGAAGUCAUAGAAAUCGACACAUGGGUCGGGGCAUCAGGCAAACAUGGGAUGUCACGAGAUUGGCUACUCAAGAGUAAAGCCACCGGCAUCAUACUCGUGCGUGCAACUAGCACGUUUGUGAUGAUGAACAAGUACACGAGGCGCCUCUCGAAAAUGCCAGAAGACGCGAGGGAGGAGCUAACACAGUGGUUCACCGACAAGCAAGCAGUCGAAGAAAGCUAUACUGAAAUCAGAAAAUUGAAUGGCAAUGCAUGCAAAUUUAACAUAGAGUUAAAGCCAAAGAGAUGUGAUUUGGACAUGAACCAUCAUGUAAAUUAUGCAAAGUAUGCCAAAUGGAUGAUUGAGACAAUCCCUGAAGAAUUUCUGGAGAAUCAUCAGCUAGCCCAUAUAGCAUUAGAGUACAGAAGAGAAUGUGGGACAUCAGAUAUAGUCGAAUCCUUAUGUGAAGAACAUGAUGGCCCGAAUGGAAAUCGGGCCCUGCAAACUACCCACACUCACCUGCUCCGAAUAAAAGGCGAACACAAAUAUGACGAGCUCGUGAGAGGAAAAACUACGUGGAAAUACAAGCACGUAUAA